GUGUGUGUCGUUAAAAUCAUUAUUCCAUCGGAUAUAAGCUGUGUGUCUGGGUGUGACGUUUUAUUCUGUAUUUUUGGUUGAUCGAGGAACCAGUGUUUAAUUUUUAAUCAUAUUUUUUAACUCAGUAUUAAAAAUGUUUAAGUUUCUGUUUGUCAUUCUCGCGUCAGCACUUCUAGUUGAAGGCUCGCCGGUUUUUCCAGCCGAAAUAGCAGAGGCUGCUAAGGGCGACAAUUGGCUGCAGUUUAACAAAUUGUACUCGCUCAGCUUGCCGUCCUUGAACAAUGGCUGGGAACAGUUAACAGGGAGCGUGCAGUCCCUCAAGCCCAGCGAUGGGACUCACGUCUAUGGGCACUCUGUCGCCGCCUUCAAACAGUGGCAGAAUGUCGACGGAAAAGUGACACAGAACAGCAAGGGAAUAGAGUUAGAAAACAAUGAUGGAGUACUUACAUCACGCGUCUUUAAACCUUAGGAAAUCUACUGAUCAAUGGCUUCAAUCAUAAACGUUGUAUAGCGGUUUUUUAAAACUAAAAAUAUCAAUCAUGACCACUCG